AUGUCCAGUGGCUCUCGGAGCCGAGACGGCUGCUUCAACUGUCGAAGACGGAAGCGAAGAUGUGACGAGGAGAAACCAACAUGUCGAAGGUGUCAAAAAACAGGAGAUGACUGUAUCUUUCCGAGUCCAGCUUCAGCUUCGAAUCCGUUAAAGUUUAUCGUCGCAGCUUCUGAUCACUAUCUGAUGCCGAGUGAUAAUCAGAGCCAUAGCUUUCUGAAUCUCUCAUCUCAAGAACUCGUUGCUGUGAAUUCGAGCGAAGGAAGGAUUGUUUGGACGAAGGAAUCUGUCCCCCGCAGUUUGUCCCCGUUUGCUUUUGAGUUGGGACGUUCGGUUGAGAAAGCCCUCGUGCAGUACUACGUCGAAAUAAUCUCCAGGAGCAGAGUCUACGUGGACACAAACCGGAAUGGCUUCCGUACAUCGGUCAUCCCCCGAAUGUUCAAAGGUCCUCUGUUCUCUGCAGUCCUAGCUAUGAGCGCAGCAGAAUGGGCACAAAAUAUUGUCCCAGACGGAAGAGACUACCGCGCGUUGUCAAUGCAGUACAAAGUCCGAGCUCUGCAUGAACUGCAGCACGCUCUUCCAGACUCCCGAGGCAGUGAGGGUAAUCUUCUCACCUGUGUUCUUUUGGCAUCUCUCGAGAUCGCACAUGGAUCGUGUCCCACAUGGCUCCGUCAUCUUCAAGGCGCACUCGCUCUGCUUGAAAGUUUUGGGAGCAGUAUCGACCCUAAUGUGGCCGAGUUUGUACUCCAGUAUUUCCGGUUUCGAUAUAUUCUGAUGGAGACUACGCAACCUACACACCAGGACUCGUUACACCAAGCAAUGGCUGGGCUCGCUAAAGCUGAGGCGACACUCCCGCAUUCUCGUCUGGUUGAUGAACAGAUUGGUUGCUCAAUGGAUCUCGUCGACAUCAUCAACGAAAUAUCGUCGCUGUCUACCCACGACAUAUCCAAGGAUCACCUGUACACAACGGGUCAAGAAAUUAAACAGCGACUCGAAGACCUCUCUUUUCAGGGCACAGACGACUAUCUCUUGCGGAGCGCCGAGUCUUUUAGAAUUGCUGCCCAGAUCUACCUCCGCCUCGUGUGCUACAACACAGCCAUCACCCACCCAUCAAUUCUGGCACUCCACGAAUCUCUUCUUUCUUGUCUCUCCGAUAUCAUCGUUGAAGGACAGACUCGAAGAUCAUUCCCAAUGUGGCCACUGUUCUUGGCAGGCUGUGCAUGCUCAUCAGACGAACAACGAAAGGUUGUGUUGGAUCACUUCAUGUUGAUGGAUAGUCAAUGGCCGAUCAGCAACAUAUCUGCUGUUUGGAACGCUCUCAAGCUGAUCUGGCAUACAAGAGAUCUUCAAGUGUCGAGUACAAACCAAGACUGGAGGGAGAUUAUCCACAAAUUUGGAUGGAAGCUCUCGUUAUCAUGA